AUGUUGAGGCGGAUUUAUCCGGUGGCGACAUUGCUAAUAGUCGCUGAUAUUGUUAUGAAGGCAUCGUGCACGGAGAAAGGGAGUUUAACCUUUAUCAUAUGUGAUAAUGAAUCGAUGAAGGCUGAAAUAAAUAUAAUUAAAGACAACUUGAACAAGGUAUUCAAUGAAAAAUCCAGUGUAGUCAGCAACAUGGUGCUCGUCACAUUCAACCGCUCAGAUGCACUUGUAAAAAUGGUGGCUACAACUUUGAAUGAAAUGCGAAAAGCAUUGGAAGAUGUGUACACGCUGAAUAAUAAUCCUGAUCAUGACUGUCAAGAAUCAUCAAUGAAAGCAUUGAUUACAGCAUUGCAUAAAAGUAAUCGUGGUUCCCAUGUAUAUUUGUUCACCAAUGCUCCACCCAAGGACUACAAGAAGCUUGACAAUGUCCAAGAACUGUGUCAGAAAAAGCAAUCUCAGAUUUCGUUUGUGACCAUUAACAAGAAAAUUACAUUGACUGACAAACAUUCAAUUAAAAGCAAAGAUGUGUAUAGAAAAAUAGCCGAGGCGUGUUCAGGACUGGCCAUUGAAUUAAACGAAAAUGAAUCCAUACCAUCGGUAUUAUCUUAUAUACGUGAGAUUGUAAGUGGCGAGAACGUUAUAAUUACUGCAAAGACUGUUCCAGCCGCGGGUGUUCCGACUGAAAUUUCGUACGACGUAGAUGACCUAAUUGAGAAUGUCAUCGUCUCCGUGUCGGGUAAGGAAGUAGAUAUCGCCAUAGCUGGAUAUGUCAACCCAACCCAAACUACUAUAAUGAAGUAUAACAAUGCUGAAGCGACGAAGUUGUUUUAUACCGAGUUGGGUAGGUACAGAUUCACCCUGAAACAUCCAUCACAGACAUCCAUCCUCAUAAUGGGUUGGUCUGAUUUUUUUUUCAACCAUGGUUUCUCGAAGCUGAAGCCCAACUCAUUUAACGAAACCUAUACCCAACCAUUAAAUGAUGAAGAUGCCCAUUUCUUAUCAGUAUUAGUCACUGAUGAACGACAAACAGUGGAAAUAACAAAGGCACAGAUCUUAGGAAUGGACGAUAAACGACUCAAACCAGAUCUUCCUUUGACCAAAAUUUCUAAAGAUUUUUACAUUACCCAGUCUUUAGUUACACCGACAGAAAUGUUUAAAGUAGCGGUGACCGGGACAGUAAAAAAAACGGGUCGCCUAAUAAAGCGCUACGCGAAGAUACCUAUAACAAGCUCGAAUUCAAUAAAAAUACCAGAUGAGCAAAUACCUAAAGUGGUGAUUGCUGAGGGCAAAAACAUGUCUGUAGAAUACAACAGUUCCUUGAAAUUAACUUGCAAAGUAACAGCAUAUCCCAGCCCUAGGAUAACUUGGUACAACAAAGAGGGACUUUCAUUACCUUCCAAAAGUUCUGUGGUUAACCAUUCGACGGACUACAUAAGUUACCUGGAAAUUGCAACCGCAGUAAACGACACCUACAUGUGCCAUGCAGUUAAUGAUGCUGGAAUGGGUAAUGCAGGAAUUAUGGUCAGCGUAAUGUCGCCAUUUACUAUAAAUAAUACUCUUCGCAAUGUGAAUGUGGAAUAUGGCAAGUCGAGAGUCCUAAAAUGUGAAAUCAAGUCAAAAUUUCCUAAAAAAACCAUUUGGUACCAUAUAGAUGAAAUUUCUGGAAUGAAAAACAAAGUAAUUGAUUCUGACGACUACUCGCUAUCAGCAGACAAAACGGAAUUAACAAUAAAGAAAAUGGAUUCUCAUUUAGAAGGAAAAUAUAUCUGCUCUGCUUACUUAGUUAACAAUAAAGGUAUUAAAACGAAGUUGAAGGUGCGAGUUCAAAUGACUGGUUCGGCUGUACCUAAAGUAGAUAUAGAUAAACCGGAAUACGUAAGAACGGUCAAAGGUAAAACUGCCGUCUUAAAAUGCAAGGUGACUGGUGUACCAAAAUCAGCCAUCGCAUGGCAGUUUAGAGGUAAAUCUGGUUCCAAGUUUGAACCACUAGGUAAAGUUGGAAGGGAGCUACGUAUUAAAAAUGUAGAAACCAAACACGAGGGUCAGUACAAGUGUGUGGCAGGAAUGGGAACAUAUAUGGAUGAAAAAGUUACAACUUUAAUCGUACAAGAUAUACCAAAAAUAUUAUCGCGUAGGUCUAUUAUAUAUCAAGCUUUUGAGGGAGACACUGAUUUGAAGAUACCAUGUGUCGCCGUUGGAGAGCCAAAACCAAAGAUCACCUGGAAAAUGGACGGUAGGCCCAUUGCAGUGCCAAAUUCUAAGUAUGUGGUAGAAGAUGGUGCACUCGUAAUAAAAUAUCCGAAAUUAGCAGAUACCAAGUCGUAUGCAUGUGUAGCUACAAAUGAGAUCGGCUCAGAGACCGCAACAUUCAAAACAAUCAUACGACAGAAACCAGAAUUACUAAGAGUUGACCCCAAGAAGACUAACCUUGGAAAGUCCGUUGGUAAAACAUGCAGUGCAAAUCCAAGAGUGAAGACAACGUUUUUCGCAAAUCGUCCGAAUGGUGAACAUGCUAAAAAGUUUAAAAACAAAAAAGGAGCGCUGUCGUCGCUCCAAGUGUGCGAAAAAAAAUGA